AUGGACGAGACGAGCCCACUAGUGUCCCCCGAGCGGGCCCAACCCCCGGAGUACACCUUCCCGUCGGGCUCCGGCGCUCACUUCCCGCAGGUGGUGCGGCAGGCCGAGUUGGCUACCGAGCGCUGCAUCUUCCCCGAGCGCAUCUACCAGGGCUCCAGCGGAAGCUACUUCGUUAAGGACCCUCACGGGAGGAUCAUCGCUGUCUUCAAACCCAAGAAUGAAGAGCCAUAUGGGCACCUUAAUCCUAAGUGGACCAAAUGGCUACAGAAGUUGUGCUGUCCCUGCUGCUUUGGCCGUGACUGCCUUGUCCUCAACCAGGGCUAUCUCUCAGAGGCAGGGGCCAGCCUGGUGGACCAAAAACUGGAACUCAACAUUGUACCCCGUACAAAGGUGGUAUACCUGGCCAGUGACACCUUCAAUUAUAGUGCUAUUGACCGAGUGAAGUCCAGGGGCAAGCGGCUUGCACUGGAGAAAGUUCCAAAAGUUGGGCAGCGAUUUAACCGCAUUGGGCUACCUCCAAAGGUCGGUUCAUUUCAGCUCUUUGUUGAGGGCUACAAAGAUGCAGACUAUUGGCUGCGGCGUUUUGAAGCAGAACCUCUCCCUGAAAACACCAACAGGCAACUAUUACUGCAGUUUGAGCGGUUGGUAGUGUUGGAUUAUAUCAUCCGCAACACUGAUCGAGGCAAUGACAAUUGGCUGAUUAAAUAUGACUGUCCAAUGGAUAGUUCUAGCUCUCGGGACACAGACUGGGUGGUUGUAAAGGAGCCUGUUAUCAAGGUGGCUGCCAUAGACAAUGGGCUGGCAUUCCCCCUGAAGCACCCCGACUCCUGGAGGGCAUAUCCUUUCUACUGGGCCUGGUUGCCUCAGGCGAAGGUGCCAUUCUCUCAGGAGAUCAAAGAUCUGAUUCUUCCAAAGAUAUCAGACCCUAACUUUGUGAAGGACUUGGAAGAGGACCUGUAUGAGCUAUUCAAGAAAGAUCCUGGUUUCGACAGGGGCCAAUUCCAUAAGCAGAUUGCAGUCAUGCGGGGACAGAUCCUAAAUCUGACACAAGCACUGAAAGACAACAAGAGUCCCCUGCACCUCGUCCAGAUGCCGCCUGUGAUUGUUGAGACAGCCCGUUCCCACCAGCGGUCUGCUAGCGAGUCCUAUACACAGAGCUUUCAGAGUCGGAAGCCCUUCUUUUCAUGGUGGUAGCCCUGAGGCAGGUGAAGGAAGCCUGUGUGAGGUCCACACGCCAGCUGGGUGCAGGGAAGCCAGAGAAGCCGGUGGAGAGUAGUGCCUGUGCCAGCCCUGGAGCCCUCCCUCUCUGCUCUCCACCUCCUUCAGGGCUUUCUCACCCACAGGGAGAAGAAGCACAACCAGGGACUGGGAGUGCUCCUGGGCCCUGCUAAGUGCUGGGGACCCUACAGUUACCGAUAAGGAGUCCAGGUGGUUAGGGAGGAGCAACUCCCUUCUAGCAUCUCUUGAUGGCAGACUGGGAAAGUCCCUUCCUCCCUGAUACCCUACUCCAUUGCAAUUCCCUGUUAUAUUCUGCAUCAGAAGAAAAAAGCCACACAUUUAAAUGCUUGUAGCAGAAUCCAGAUCCUCUCAUGUUAGAAUAAUUCAGACUUGCCGGGCGUGGUGGUGCACACCUGUAAUCCCAGCACUUGGGAGGCUGAGGCAGGAGGAUCCCU